AUGGCAGGAAAAUGUGUCCACAAAGCUUGUGGCAAAACCUUCACCGACCCAGAAGAAGACUGCGUGUAUCAUCCGGGUCCCCCAGUGUUCCACGAGGGGCAGAAAGUGGGCCAUUGCGCCGAGCACAAUGUGACACCUGAUCUUGCCUCUGACUUUUGCUAUGUUCUACCCCCCGACACCGCUAACUUUUCAGGCUGGAAAUGUUGCAAGCCCCGCGUUUUGACCUUUGAGGAAUUCCUCAGCAUCCCGCCAUGCACGACUGGCAAGCAUUCUACCGUCGAUGACACGCCCGAGCCGGAGCCUACUAAGGCUGAGGAAGUCAUUGCUCCUCAACCAGCCGAGCAGAAGAAGUCUGAGCGGCCACCCAUCUCCACUACUCCCACUAUCGCAACUGCGGCGCCGCCUGAAAAGCCAGUCGUGGAGGAGCCUGAAUCCGAUGAUCCUGAUGCGGAGAUCCCGGCUAACGCAACAUGUCGUCGGAGGGGUUGCGGUGCGUUCUAUACCGGGUCGACUGCUCGCGAUGAGGAAAAGUGUGUACACCACCCGGGCCAGCCAAUCUUCCACGAAGGCAGCAAGGGGUGGUCCUGCUGCAAACGCCGGGUGCUCGAGUUCGAUGAGUUCUUAAAGAUCCCCGGCUGCACAGAGAAGACAAAGCACAUGUUUGUUGGAAAGGCCAAGCCCCCAGGUGAAGAGAAGGUGGACACAGUCAGAAACGAUUUCUACCAGACUCCUACGGCCGUCAAUGUCUCGCUUUACCUUAAGAAGAUUGACAAGCAACGGGCCAAGGUUGGGUUUUCUGCCAACUCCAUUACCUUCGACCUUCCUACCACAGACAACAAGCGCUACCAGGAUACAUAUACUCUCUUUGCGUCGAUUGACCCGGAGAAGUCAACUUUCCGCGUGCUGGGCACCAAGCUAGAUCUGAGCCUGAUCAAAGCCGAUGGUACUAGCUGGCCAGUCUUGCGCAGUGAUGACAAGUGGACUGGACAGCGCAUCCAGAUUGGCAACGCUGGACAUGCAUGA